GGCCGCGCCGGGCUCUGCUCCGGUUCUGCUCCGGUUCCACGGAACCGGCGGCGGUGCGGCAGGGAUGGAUUGCCAGGACAUGAAGGAGCUGCAGCAGGAGGUGAUGGAGGAGCUGGGAAUCUCCAUGGAGGAGCUGAGAGAAAUCAUCGACAAAGAAGUGGAGAACUCCGAGUGGGUGAGGCAGAGGAAGCAGCAGCUGGAGGAGCUGGAGCAGUGCAUGAGGCACAAGGAGGAGGAGGUGGCCCACGUUGACCAGCUCAUCGACGAUGCUGUGAGGGCCAUGGACAAGUGCGAGGUGCUGGCCAAGGAGCUGUACUCCAUGAUGGGCCUGCAGUACCGGGACAGCAGCUCCGAGGACGAGGCCCCAGCGGCCACAGAAGUGAUCGAGAUCCCCGACGAGGAGGAUGACGAUGUCAUGAGCGUGGACUCGGGCUGGAAACGCAGCAGCAGCGGUCCCAGAAUCUCCAGAGAUCAGAGUCUGCUGAGGGAAGCAAUGGCUGCCAUGAGGAAAUCUGCCCGCGAUGUUGCAAAGUUCAUGGAUGCUGUAAACAAGAAAACCAACUUGCAGGAAGCACAGAAAGAUGCACAACCCCCUCAGGAAGCUCCUGGCACUGCCCAGCCCAUCACUGUCCCUGCAGCCCCUAGCAAUGAUCUCAACACUGAUGGGGACCUCAAAGUGGGCAUGAGGAUUUUGGGGAAAAAAAGAACCAAGACGUGGCACAAGGGGACGUUGAUUGCCAUCCAGACGGUUGGUGCUGGCAAGAAGUACAAAGUGAAAUUUGAUAACAAAGGGAAGAGUUUGCUCUCGGGCAACCACAUUGCCUACGAUUACCACCCAUCUGCUGAGAGGCACCACGUGGGCAGGAGGGUGGUGGCCAGGUACAAGGAUGGCAAUCAGAUGUGGCUCUAUGCUGGGAUUGUGGCUGAAACCCCCAAUGUCAAGAACAAAGACAGGUUCCUGAUUUUCUUUGACGACGGUUACGCGUCCUACGUGAAGGAGUGGGAGCUGUACCCGGUGUGCCGGCCCUUGAAAAAGGCCUGGGAGGACAUUGAGGAUGUUUCCUGUCGGGAUUUUGUUGAGGAAUACAUCACUGCCUACCCCAACCGGCCCAUGGUGCUGCUGAAGAAUGGGCAGCUGAUCAAAACUGAGUGGGAAGGCACCUGGUGGAAAUCCAGAGUGGAAGAAGUGGAUGGAAGUCUGGUGAAAAUCCUUUUCCUGGAAGCUCUUCCCAUGGGAACUUCAAAUGUUUCCUUCUCCUUCCCACAAGAGGACAGACGUUGUGAGUGGAUUUACCGAGGUUCCACACGCCUCGAGCCCAUGUUCAGCAUGAAGGCUUCCACAGCUUCCACCCAGGAAAAGAAGCAAAGUGGGCAAACCAGGACUCGUCCCAACGUUGGUGCUGUGAGGAGCAAGGGCCCUGUGGUCCAGUACACCCAGGAUUUAGCAGGAGCUGGUCCCCAGUACAAGACUCCAGAGCCAGCUGCACGUCCCUCGUCUCCUCAGCCUGCAGAGAUGGAGUGCUCGGACACGCAGCUGGCCCAGGGCAGAAAGCAGGUGGCCAAGAAAAGCACGUCCUUCCGUCCUGGCUCCGUGGGCUCCGGCCACUCGUCGCCAUCCUCCCCUGUCCUCGGGGACACCCCGGCAGCCGGGAGGGCCCUGCCAGCCCCGCAGCACCGCGCCGUCCCCAGCAGCGUCCCCAGCGCCGUCCCCAGCGCCGUCCCCUCGCAGCCCUUCCACGGGAUGAUGGACCGCGUUCCCAACGAGCCGUCGUACCGGGCCCCUCUGGAGAAGCUCUUCUACCUCCCGCACGUGUGCAGCUACGCGUGCCUGGCGCGGGUGCGGCCGGUGCGCAGCGAUCAGUACCGCAGCCGCAACCCGCUGCUCAUCCCGCUGCUCUACGACUUCCGCCGCAUGACGGCGCGGCGCCGCGUCAACCGCAAGAUGGGCUUCCACGUGCUCUACAAAACGCCCUGCGGGCUCUGCCUGCGCUCCAUGCACGAGAUCGAGCGCUACCUCUUCGAGACGGACUGCGACUUCUUGUUCCUGGAGAUGUUCUGCCUGGACCCCUACGUGCUGGUGGAUCGCAAGUUCCAGCCCUACAAGCCGUACUACUACAUCGCGGACAUCACCAAGGGCAAGGAGGACGUGCCCCUGUCGUGCGUCAACGAGAUCGACAACACGCCGCCGCCGCAGGUGGCCUACAGCAAGGAGAGGAUCCCCGGGAAAGGGGUGUACAUCAACACCAGCUGGGAGUUCCUCGUGGGCUGUGACUGCAAGGAUGGCUGCAGGGACAAAUCCAAGUGUGCCUGUCACCAGCUGACCAUCCAGGCCAGCGGCUGCACCCCUGGAGGGCAAAUCAACCCCAACUCAGGCUACCAGCACAAGCGGCUGGAGGAGUGUCUUCCAACAGGUGUUUAUGAGUGCAACAAGAGGUGCAAGUGCAACGUGAACAUGUGCACCAACCGCCUGGUGCAGCACGGCCUCCAGGUGCGGCUGCAGCUCUUCAAGACCCAGAACAAAGGUUGGGGCAUUCGCUGCCUCGACGACAUCGCCAAGGGCUCCUUUGUCUGCAUCUACGCAGGGAAAAUCCUGACUGAUGACUUUGCUGACAAAGAGGGGCUGGAGAUGGGUGACGAGUACUUUGCCAACCUGGACCACAUUGAGAGCGUGGAGAACUUCAAGGAGGGCUACGAGAGCGACGCCAAGUGCUCCUCGGACAACAGCGGCGUGGACCUCAAGGACGACGACGACGACGAGGAGAACACGGGCACGGAGGAGCUGGAGGAGUCCAACGAGGACAGCUCUGACGACAACUUCUGCAAGGACGAGAACUUCAACGCCAGCUCGGUGCUGCGCAGCUACGCCACGCGCCGGCAGACGCGCGGCCAGCGCGACCACGGCUCCUCGGAGACGGCCUCCAAGGACUCGGGGCUCACACGGCCCCUCGGCCACGAGGAGCCCUCCACAGCCCCUGCCUGCAAGCUGCCAGUGUCCGAGGAGAUCUCCAAGAACAAGGUGGCCUCGUGGCUGAGCUCCAACAGCAUGGCUGAGGGCCUGCAGGACAGCGACGGCGCCUCGUCCUUCAGGGUGGGCGAAGGGGGAGAAGCCAAGGCUGUGAAGGUGGAGAUGCCUGCAGAGAGGGAGAAGGGCUGUGCUUCCACGCUUCCAGCAGAUCUGAAUGGAGAGGCGAAGGCACCCAAGAAGGAGGAACCUGAAGAAUCAACCAAAAUUCCCGGGCUGGGCAGCCUGGGCAGGAGGUAUGGCUACAACCCCUGCCCUCCGCGGCUGGAGGGGAUCCGCAGGCCCGUCAGCGGCACGGUGCUGCUGCAGAGCCGCCGCCGCUCCCUGGCCCCGCCGCCCCCCUCGGAGAACGUGCUGAUGGUGUCGAGCAGCACCGACAGCGAUGAGGAGCACAGGGCAGGGCAGGCCCCGGGCACAGCCAACGACAGCGACGACAUCCAGACCAUUUCCUCAGGAUCCGAGGAGGAGGAAGGGGAGGACAAGAAAAAUCCAUCGUCUGGGUCAGCAGGUCCCGUGAAGAGACAGGUGGCUGUGAAAUCCACCCGAGGCUUCGCCCUGAAAUCCACCCACGGCAUCGCCAUCAAGUCCACGCCGCUGGCGGCGGCCGACAAGGGCGAGAGCGCGGGGCCCGUGCGGCGCAGCACGCGCCAGUUCUACGACGGCGAGGAGAACUGCUACAUCAUCGACGCCAAGCUCGAGGGCAACCUGGGCCGCUACCUCAACCACAGCUGCACCCCAAACCUCUUUGUGCAGAACGUCUUCGUGGACACCCACGACCUUCGCUUCCCCUGGGUCGCCUUCUUUGCCAGCAAGAGGAUCCGAGCUGGCACAGAGCUCACCUGGGAUUACAACUACGAGGUUGGCAGCGUGGAGGGCAAGGAGCUGCUGUGCUGCUGCGGGGCCAUCGACUGCCGGGGCCGCCUGCUCUGAGCCAGACCCGCUCCCUCCCAGCAGCUCCCCCUGCCCCAGGGGCCUUGGUGCUCCCUUUCCCUCAGUGAGGGUGAAGUUUUCUUCUCCACAAGUUCUCAGUUCUCCCUUUUCUCAGCUGGAAAAUCACAGAUGGACACAGAGCAGGAGUUGGACUCGGGUUGUGCUGGGGGUGAUUUCCACCCGCUGGGUUUCUCCCACCUUCCUGAGGCUCCAGUUAUCCCACAAGACAAUUCUCUCCAAGGAAUGAACUUUCCCUGCUCUCUUCCAUCUUUUCCACCAAAUUUAAGGCACAGAGCUCAUUUUUCCAGCAGCAAGCACUUGUCCAGUAUUGUCAGGAAGUGCUUCCCAGUUGGGACUGAGGCCUUAAAGUGGGAGGGAGGAUGGUGGAAAGAAUCCUUGGAAAACUGGACCAAUGAGGAUUUAUAGAAUCCAAGGGAAAAGAGACAAAAAGUAUCUGUCUUCAUCUGUGAGCUGUAAAGAAUCUUUUAGUUGCUAAAAAGCAAUAAAAGUGAGUUUUUCUAUUAAAAACAACCUGUCCUGAUCUCAAGACACAGCAAAGCGAAAAAGCAGAGUUGAACCUCUGCCAUCAUCCCUGUUCCUGUGGGGUUUGCAGGAAAAAUGCCAGAGGUGGAUGGGCCCAGGCAAAGGGAUAAGGAGCUCCCACAUUUUCACCUUUCCUUCACCUUUCCUCCAAACAAACACUCCUUAAAUCCUUCCACCGGGGAAAAUUACAGAGGAAGGGGUUGGGGUUUUCUUGAGGAAGGAGAUGUGGUGCCUGUCUCCAUCUCCAACCCUCCCAGAAUGUCACAGGGAGCCCCAAACUGGCUUUGGGUACCUGGGCACAGGAGGGAGGGAGGGGGUGGCACCAGUUCCAGGCUUGGGUUUUUUUGUUUGGGGAGGGAAGGCACCAGGACAGAUCCAAAGAGUUCAAAAAGCCACCCUGAGAAUUGGAUGAAAGAGCUGAAGUUUGACAAGGUGGGAUCAAAUCUCACAUUAUUGACGUGGAAAAACCCAAUCUGGGAGGUGGUGGAGCUGAUUCCAACCAUCCCAGCCCCUGCACAAGGGAGGCUUGUUGGGCUUUUUCCCUUCCUAAAUAACCUUUUUCUUUUUUCUUUGUAAAAUAAAACCUUUCUGGGGCCUCCUGGAGCUCCAGUUCCAUCCUGAGACUCCACCUGAAUGGAGGCUUUGUCAUCCCAGCGGGGCUGCAGCUCCUCAGGGAACCCAAACCCACACUCCAGCCUGGGCUUGAAGACUUGGGAGAACUUUUAGGAGAAAAAAAACCCAUAAAAACCAUCAAAAUCCUCAACUCUGCCCAUUUUUAGCACUGCCUAAAGGAUCUACGCCAAAAUAACCUCCCCACCCCAGGGACACAGAAUAUGCCCAAAUCCUGUAAUUUUUUUUUACCCAAGUUUAUUAGUUUUUUUAACUUUUAAUAUAUUUAACCUUUUAUUUAUUAAAAAAAAAAAAAAAAACCAAAAAACAAGAACAACAAAA